AUUACCAUACCAAAGUCCAAACGCUUUAGGAGGCCAAGGAGGCUUAUCCUCUUUCUUCCAAAACAGCACUUCCUUUACGGGAGGCACGCAGAUAGGCGAACGCAAGAAUGUUGAGCCUCGUCGGCGCUUCGCCUUCGAACUUUCUCUUCCCUCCCAAGACCCUUUUGUCAAUUCCCGGAUCUUCCUUCCAUGGCAUGCGAAUUCAACCCGUAUUCCACAUUCGCUCACCCCCCUCCUCGUCUUCGCUCCGAAACCCUCGAGCUUCCGUUGUGAUGAUGGCGAAGAGAGAAGAAGAAAUGAAGGAGAUCAGAGCCAAAACUACCGUGGAACUCAACGAAGAAGUCAUUGACCUCAAGGGCGAGCUCUUCAUGCUUCGCCUUCAGAAGUCGGUGCGAAACGAGUUCAAAUCCAGCGAGUUUCGUCGCAUGCGGAAAAGGGUUGCUCGCAUACUUACUGUUAAACGGGAAAGAGAGAUGGAGGAGGGAAUCAACAAGAGGCUGUCAAGAAAGCUUGAUAGACAAUGGAAGAAGAGCAUUGUUGUUAGACCACCUCCAUCUUUGAAAAAGCUUCAAGAGGAAGAGGCAGCUGCCGAAGCUGAGAAGUCAACAUGAACCAAUCUAAUCUCUAGACAAUGGAAAAUUUGAACUUUUUUGGCUAUAAGCAUAAGGUUGUUCAGAUUGUUGGUUGAUCUUCUGUCUCAAACUAUGUGAUGUAUUAUAUUUGUUGAUUUAUUUACUAAAUUUACAUUUGGUGCCUCCUCCUUGCUGCAUGUAUUCUGGCAAGAUGAUGCUAGGUUGCUAGGUAUUCCUGAGAUAUUAACAACAAAACAUGGUGCAAUGAUCGGCUUAUAUGGUAAUGUGAAUUUCAGCUCCUUGUAUUUGAAUUUGAAGGCCCAAAUAUAAAUGCACCGUUUGGACAUUUUUGGAA